GGUAUGACAGAGGAUGUGGAGAAACUGAGACGGGAGAGAGAUGAGAUGAGACAGCUACUUGUCCAAACCCCAAGGAUGAAAUUUGGCACAAAUCUCAGAGAAAGACUAAAGAUUGCUACAGAGGUAUCACUGUCAGAGAAGGCCAAGUUGGAACAGCGCGGCGAGGACUUGGAGAGUGCUCUAACACAGGCAGAGAAUGAGCGUGGUGAGCUGAUUGUACGUGUCAACUCCCUGAAGGAAGAUGUUCGUAGUUUGGAGGAACAGAUCAAGGAUAUGGCUAGCAGACUGACCGAGACCCAAGAUGAUAACUCUCAGAAUAAAUCUAAAGCCACUCAAAUGAAGAUGUUGGCUGAGGAGACAGAGAGAAGCUUGGAGGACACACAGAAACGUCUGGCACGUCGUGAGAGCGAGUUAGCCGCCCAGGAGGAGAGGUGUGCUAGAUUAGAGGAUAGGAUAGCCGAAUUACAGAGAACUUUAUCUCAUUCUACUGAUGAGAAUUCAGAUAUCAGAAGAACUGUAAGUCAGCUGGACAGGGAAAAGGAUAACCUUCAGAUUAGUGUUGAUGAAAAGACAGAGAAAAUUGCCAACCUCAAUGAAGAAACACUUCUCAAGGAGAAACUGAUCAGUGAUUUGAAGGUCAGAAUUAGUGAAAUUGAUGCUCAGUUAGGCCAUGCUAAUGAUAACAUCAACAUGAAGGAUAGAGAAUUGAAGUCAUUGAAACGGCAGCUAGACAGUACCUCUGAUGAUCUGAAUGAGAAUAGUCGAGGUAAAGAGGUCGCCAUGAGAGAGAAUAGACGUCUACAAGAUGAUCUUGCUGUUAUGACAAGAGAAAACCAGAAAAUCAACCAGGAGUUACAGGAAGCUCUAGAGGACAAAGAAGGACUUAAACAACAAGUUCAACAAUAUAUCCUGGAAGUUAGGAGUAUUGAAGAUGUUCUAGCUUCUAAGGAGAAAGAAAGAUCUGAUUUACUUGACCAGUACCGAGCACUGUCCUCGGAGGCUGAACAAUAUCAAACUGCCACCCACCAGUUGGAGAGCGAGGGCUCAAACAUGAGGCUUGAGAUCAUGACCAAAGACUCAGAACUUAGAAGACUCAAGGACAAAGUUGAUAACUAUGAGAGAGAAAUUCAGGAGCAUCUUAAUGCUGAGCAGGCCUAUGAGCUGCAAGUAUCCAAUCUGAUCCGCUGUGUGGCCAACUUGGAGGAUAACCUCAGACAGACGGACGAUGAUAAGAACACACUUCUCAAUGACCUGACAGCUGUACGUGAGCUCUGCUCAAGACUUGAGGGAACUAAAGAAUCUCUACAGAGACAGUUGACGGCUCUUACCAUUGAUAAAGAACAGCUUCAAAGCCAGUCAGAAGAUAUUGCCCAGGAAUGUGAGUUAUACCGCAGUCAGCUGACCUCUGAGCGCCAAUCCAACAAGAACCUGGAGGGUCUGCUACAGAACAAUAGAGAGAAAGAGUUCCAGUCACAACUACAAACACAGGAACAUAGUGCUGAGAUACAGAUGCUGAAAGAUAGACUGUCAUUGAAUGAGAGUAAAAUCCAAAGUCAGAGCCGAGAGAUUGCCUCUUUACGUACACGUAAUGUAGAACUAGAAGGUGAUGUAGAGAGACUCCGUAGACAGUUGACCAGCGAGAAAUUUGAGAGGGAGCGGGCAGUGCAGGAAUUGAGACGACAUGGGCUCGUACCACCGACCCCUACUAUGGACUACACGAGCAGCACCAGCAGGUAUACAGGUCAACAAGUCCCAUUCAGGUCUCCAAAAGGUCUCGCUCACGAAAGUCCUACCCAGAAUUCAGGAGCCGUAGCCAGAAACAUCGUAUCUAAGUUCUUCCCGUCGUCGAUCACCUGA